UUUUUGUUUUUUAAUAUGCGUCGUGCGAAACGACGUCGUUCUAAUAAAGAUACUUCUCCGGUUGUUAAUAACCGUUAGAUAUUAUAAACCAAUCUAAACCAUUGGAUGAGAAUUCAUCCUUUUUAAGACAAGGAAAACUCGACUCUUUGCACUUGUCGUCUUUCCUCUCGCUGCUGCUGCUGUCUCUCACGAUGCCGAGGUAUUAUUGUGAUUAUUGCGACACUUAUCUCACCCACGACUCCCCAUCCGUGAGGAAGCAGCACAACUCUGGUUACAAACACAAGGCGAAUGUAAGAACAUACUAUCAGCAAUUUGAGGAACAGCAAACGCAAAGUCUGAUUGAUCAGAGGAUUAAAGAGCAUCUUGGCCAAGCUGCAGCGUACAAUCAGGUUGGUGGUGUGUUUAAUCAGCAUAUGCUCGCUAGACCUCGCCUUCCUAUGAUGCCUAUGCCUAUGGGGAUGCGACCUCCUAUUCUACCUAGACCCAUGAUGCCUGGUCAAGGUUACAUGCCUCCUCCAGGAGUACCACAGAUGAUGGCACCACCUGGAGCUCCUUUACCACCACCACCUCCACAAAACGGUAUGCUUAGGCCACCAGGAUUGGCUCCAAUACCAGGUCAAGGUGGUCCACCACCUCCCAAUUACAAUGGACUUCCUCCUCCGCCUCCUUAUCAUACAAAUCCAGCUGCUGCUCCAACAAGUGUUGGCUUCAACAAUCCGAACCCUGGUGCUGAAUCUCCUGAAAGCAAUGAGUAGAGUUUAGGUCUGAUGAGUUAUUUUUCUCCUACCAAAAAAAUGCCGAGGGCUCUUGUUUAACACAGUUUUUUUUUUACCUUUUCUAAUCUUAAUCCAUGUGAAGAGGUUUAGAAGUAUUGUAUGUGAAUUGCAUAAUUUAUGUACUAGAUUCUUAUUUCCAUAGAAUGAUGAAAGAUCUCUUAUAACAAACAGUCAGGUUUAUGAAAGA